AUGUCGAACAGCUCUCGUGUUGCAUUGCCUUACAGUGCGCCUUUGCCUCGUGUCUCCCCUGAACAUAUUGGUGGCGGCAGGGAUGAAAAGUAUGAGGUCGUCGUUGUCGGUGCUGGCCCGGCUGGGUUCAUGCUUGAAUUACUACUUGCUCGCCAUGGCCUGAGUGACCAGUCUUUGCUAUGUAUCGAUUUGAAGCCGAGCAGGGUAAGGUGUGGCCAAGCGGAUGGGCUACAGCCCCGGACGCUGGAGGUGCUGAAGACUAUGGGCUUGGUGGACACGAUCUUGCAGGAUGGAUGCCAGCUGUGGGAGAUGGCGAUCUGGAAACCAUCUCAAGAUCAAUUUAUAGAGAGAUUUUCUAUCACUGAAAAUAUAACAGGUCCCGCGAGAUACCAGCGGGCGGUUACGAUCAGUCAAGGCAUCAUUGAGCAGAUCUUUGAGGAGGACUUGUCCCAUUACUCUCAGAGAGGAAUUCAACGAAACAGCAAGCUUGUUAACGUAUCGAUUGACGAACUCGGUGACCCAGAUUUUCCCGUCGUCGCGACGGUUGAAACAGAUGGAAUACCACGCACGGUGCGGACAAAAUUUCUCGUGGGAGCAGAUGGUGCACACUCAACGGUCCGGAAAUGCAUAGGCGUUCAUCUCAAUGGAGAAUCUAUUGAUGAUUUCUGGGGAGUGAUAGAUUUCGUGGCUGAUACCAAUUUCCCUGACAUUCGAAGAUUUGGUCGAAUACAUUCCCAUAAAGGUACUAUCAUGGUAAUUCCGCGCGAACAGACCGUGAACGGUGAUUAUUUGACACGUCUAUACGUCCAGAUGCCAGUGCAGGAGCUACCAGAAGCUGAUAGCCGACCUGUUUCUCAAAAUGGUACUGACUCAACCAGGAAGUCUCGAAAGAGUCAAAUUACGUUGGAAGAUAUUUUCCAACAAGUCUCUAAAAUAUUUGAGCCCUAUCAUAUCAAGGCUAAGGUGGAAGGGGUUAUUGAUUGGUGGACUGUAUAUCAAAUUGGUCAGCGAGUAGCGGAUCGAUUUACUAUCAAAGACUCCAAGGGAAUGAACCGGAUUUUCCUCACAGGAGAUUCCUGCCAUACCCAUAGCCCCAAGGCGGGACAAGGUAUGAAUAUAUCUAUGAUGGACGCUCACAAUCUUUCCUGGAAACUUGCCUACACUGUUCAAGGGCUUUCUCUAGAUCCUGCUGAAAUCGGUGGCUCUAACACCCUACUGGAUACAUACGAAUUUGAGCGCUAUAAAAUCGCCCAGCAGCUAAUUGACUUCGAUAAGGAGUAUUCUUCGGCAUUCUCGAAAAGAGUGAGGGUCGGGGAAGAGAAGGAUGCAGAAGCCACGUUAAAGCAGGACCUGGAGCUAUAUGAAGAGUCGAUCUCUUUUGCUAGCGGUUGUGGAGUUGAAUACCCCGAGAGUAAUAUUGUUAAUAGAGCAUUCCCUGAUACGCAUGGAGAUCCAAUUCACGGUACAAACUUUUUUCACGGAAUUUUGAGGCCAGGAAGACGAUUACUAAACGUGAAGGUGAGGAGGUUUGCGGAUGGAUUUGAUCGAGACUUGCAAGACGGUGAGUCAAAGUGA